AUGGAUUUUUAUGCAUCAAGAGAUAUUGAUAUUGACAUGGAACAUUCCUAUGAAGAAACUAGAAUGAACAUAAGUACAGAUGAUACUUUGGUAGAAGAUGGAUUCAAUAAUUGUGAUAUACCUCAAGAAAUCCAAGAAUCAGAAAAUCAGAGUGAUUGUGAAGAAUUUCCAAGAAAAUUUACUGAACCUUGGAAUUUUGGCUCGCCUUCUUAUGUAUGCGUGCAUUGUGGAACAAUUUUAUGGUAUGAAGAGAGAACAGUCAAAUCUAAGAGGCCUAGGAACCCAAAAUUCUCUCUCUGUUGUAUGGAGGGUAAGGUUAAGUUACCUUUGCUUAGGAAAGCACCUCCUCUUAUAGAUGAGCUUUUAGAUCCUCUUGGUAGUGAUCGAUCUAAAACAUUCAGAACUCUAAUCAGAACUUAUAAUGCAAUGUUUGCAAUGACAUCUAUGGGUGGUAAAGUAGAUAGUAGAAUUAACGAUGGAAGACACCCUUACAUUUUUAAACUUAAUGGCCAAAACCAUCAUAGAAUUGGAACUCUUCUUCCUAAUGAUGGUCAGGAUCCACAAUUUGCACAAUUAUAUUUCUAUGAUACUGAAAAUGAAGUUCAACAUAGAAUGAACGUCUUUAGCAAUGGUCAAAUUGAUAGUGACCUUGAUCCAUCUAUUGUUGAAGCAUUGGUCCAAAUGUUUGAUGAAUCAAAUACUUUGGUGAAGAUAUUUCGGAUGUCUAGAGACCGUUUCAUUAAUACUGAUGUUCACCAUUUAAGAUUACGUCUUAUUGGCUCCCUAACUACAGAUGGAAGAGAAUAUAACCUGCCUACAUGUUCAGAGAUUGCAGCAAUUAUCGUUGGUGAUAUUGGUGCUGAAAAUGCACAUCGCGAUAUUAUUGUUGAAUUAAAAGAAGGAGGAUUACAACGUAUUAAUGUGUUGCAUCCUUCAUACAUGGCAUUACAAUAUCCCCUUUUGUUCCCAUAUGGUGAGGAUGGUUUUAGACUCGGCAUUUUGUAUAGUAAUGUAGAUGGAAUCAGAACUGAUACAACUGAUUCUGUUACAAUGAGAGAAUACUAUGCAUAUCGAUUGCAAGAACGUGAACAUGAGGGACAUACACUGAUAUAUGGUGGUAGAUUGUUUCAACAAUUUGAUGUAGAUGCCUACACAUGUAUAGAAGAAAUCCGGCUUAUGUGGGUAAAAGAGAACCAAGACAAAUUAAGAAUAGAAUUGUAUAAAGGAUUGAAAGAUGCAGUUAUGAGAGGAGAUACCACCCCUGCAUCUUCAGGCAAAAGAUUUGUUCUACCUUCAAGUUUCACUGGAAGUCCAAGGUAUAUGAUUGAAAACUAUCAAGAUGCAAUGGCGAUCUGUAGAUGGGCAGGUUAUCCGGACCUUUUUAUUACCUUCACAUGCAACACAAAAUGGCCAGAAAUUGAUCUUUUCCUAUCUAGGAAACCUGGACAGAAAGUAGAAGAUCGGCUUGAUGUGGUUGCAAGAGUGUUCAAGAUAAAGCUUGAUCAACUCUUAAAUGAUUUAAAGCAUGGCCAACACUUUGGGAAAGUAAUUGCAGUUGUGUACACUGUUGAAUAUCAAAAAAGAGGGUUACCUCAUGCACACAUUUUACUUUUUCUACAUCAUGAUGACAAGCAUCCUACAGCAGCAGAAAUUGAUAGAAUAAUUUCAGCAGAAAUUUCAGAUUUCAAUGAAGAACCUUUACUUUAUGAAGCUGUCAAACAAUAUAUGGUCCAUGGUCCUUGCGGUUCUAUUAAUUCAAGGGCAAGCUGUAUGAUUGAAAACAGAUGUACAAAACACUUCCCUAAAAAAUUUUGUUCGCAAACAACUGUUGAUGAAGAUGGUUUCCCAGUAUAUAGAAGAAGGAAUAAUGGAAGAUUCGUUGAAAGAAAUCAGGUCAGACUUGAUAAUCGAUUUAUAGUUCCACACAAUAUUGAUCUGUUGGUGAAAUUUCAAGCACACAUAAAUGUUGAGUGGUGUAAUCGUUCAAGAUCUAUAAAGUAUUUAUUUAAAUAUAUAACAAAAGGACCUGAUCGUGCAACUUUGAUUCUUGAAGAAAAUUUACAUAUUGAUUCUUCUACUGGAAUGCAACAUAUGACAGAUACUGAUGAAGUUAAGACAUAUUUAAAUUGUAGAUAUGUGUCUGCCAUAGAGGCGUGUUGGAGGAUAUUUGAAUUUGCAAUUCACCAUCGAGAGCCUGCUGUUCAAAGACUCAGUUUUCACAAUGAGGACGAACAACCAGUUGUUUUUGAAGAUACUGAUUAUUUAAAUAAUGUUGUGGACAAGCUAGAUAUCGGAAAAAGCAAAUUUACAGAAUGGAUGAAAGCGAAUGCAUUGUAUGAAGAAGCAAGGGAAUUGACUUAUUCUGAAUUUCCUACUAAAUGGGUUUGGCAUAGAAAAGACAAAGAAUGGAAAUUGAGAAAAUCUGGAAGAUGUAUUGGGCGUAUAUAUUAUGCUCAUCUUGCAAGUUUAGAACGGUUUUAUUUGCGGAUGCUACUUAAUGUUAUUAAAGGAGCUAGAUCAUUUAAGGAAAUACGAACUAUAAAUAAUAUUGUAUAUCCAACUUUCAGAUCAACAUGUUAUGCACUUGGUUUGCUUGAUGAUGAUAAAGAGUGGCACGAAGCUUUGAAUCAUGCAUCAUAUUGGGCUUCGGGAAAACAACUACGAGAACUUUUUGUCACAAUGUUGAUUUUUUGUGAGGUUGCAGAUCCAUAUAAAUUAUGGAUUUCAAAUUGGCAGUUGUUAUCUGAGGACAUUCUGCAUCGUCAAAGAACAGUUUUACGAUAUGACAACCUACAUCUUGAUGACUCUCAAUUACAGAACUACGCACUAUGUGAAAUUGAACAGAUUUUGGUAAAGAGUGGCAGAUCUUUGCACGAAUUUAAGUCAAUACCAUAUCCAAAUACAUUACUUCUCAGACAAAGUAACAAUAGAGUAUUACAAGAAGAAUUGGAUUAUGAUAGAAACUCUUUGGCAGCAGAACAUAUUAAACUUUUUUCUGGUCUUAAUACUGAUCAAAGAAAGGUAUAUGAUGAAGUAAUUUAUUCUGUUUCAGAGAAUAAAGGUGGCUUCUUUUUUGUUUAUGGACAUGGAGGAACUGGAAAGACUUAUCUUUGGAAAACCAUUAUAUGCCGAUUGCGCUCAGAAGGGAAGAUAGUUAUUGCAAUUGCAACAUCUGGAAUUGCUGCAUUAUUGUUGCUUGGAGGGAGAACAGCUCAUUCAAGAUUUCAAAUACCAAUAAAUGUAACAGACAGUUCAACUUGCGGUAUUAAACAAGGUUCACAAAUUGCAGAACUUAUGACAAAAGUAAGUCUUAUAAUUUGGGAUGAAGCUCCUAUGGCACACCGAAAUUGUUUUGAAGCUGUUGAUCGGUCAUUAAGAGAUAUAUUACGUUUUUCUAACCCAAAUAGUGGGGAGACACCUUUUGGAGGAAAAACUAUUGUUCUUGGUGGUGAUUUCAGAAAAAUAUUACCAGUGGUAUCAAAAGCACGAAGAGAACAAAUAGUUGAAGCAUCAAUUAAUAAGUCAUCAUUAUGGAACAGUUGCAAAGUUUUCAUUUUGACAAUAAAUAUGAGGUUGACACAAAACCCAGGUGAUAUUGCAGCAAGGGAAUUUGCUGAAUGGAUGUUGAAAAUUGGUGAUGGUGAACUAAGUAAUAAUGAAGGUGAAGCAUUGAUUGAAAUACCGCAUGAUUUACUAAUUCAUCCUGGUGCUCAUCCUUUCAACGAUAUUGUAAAAGCUACCUAUCUAGAUUUCGAUACAAAAUUCAACGAUUCUAAGUAUUUAGAAGAGAGAACAAUUUUAGCUCCAACGAAUGAAGUAGUAGAAGACAUAAAUGAUUACAUGAUUGAUCUUAUUAAUGUUGAUGAAGAGACAUAUCUUAGUGCAGAUUCAUUAUGUAAAGCUUCAAGCAACAUUCUAGACCAAGAUGUAAUGUAUCCAAUAGAGUUUCUCAAUUCAUUGAAGUUUCCUGGUAUUCCAAACCAUAAACUCAGAUUGAAAGUAGGGCUACCAAUAAUGUUACUUCGAAAUUUAAACCAAAGUAAUGGACUUUGUAAUGGUACUAGACUUUUAGUCACUCAAUUAUCAAAAUGGGUUUUGGAAGCUCAAAUAAUAUCAGGAACUCAUAUUGGAGAAAAGGUGUGUAUACCAAGAAUAGUCUUAUCCCCUUCUAAUUCCAAAUGGCCCUUUGUACUGAAAAGAAGACAGUUUCCAGUAUCUGUUUGCUUUGCUAUGACAAUUAAUAAGAGCCAAGGUCAAUCUCUGCAACGUGUUGGACUUUAUUUAGAUAGACCAGUUUUCAGUCAUGGACAAUUAUAUGUUGCCGUAUCCAAAGUUACAAGUAAAGAUGGCCUUAGAAUACUCAUUGUAGAAAAUGAUACUAGUGAUCAUUUUCAUACAAAAAAUAUUGUCUACAAAGAAAUAUUUGAUAAUUUGCCUAAAGAUUCAUAUUGCAACGAAGUACAAAACUUUGAAGCAGAAAUCAGUGAAUGUGAGUAUUUUUAA